UUGAAUUCAUUUCUUGGCCAAAAACAGCAACCUUCAAAGAAACUUCAAAGAGAAAACUGGGACAAUAAAACCAAAGACUAGUUCAGUGGAUUUCCUCCUGUGGGGACAUGUUUAGUGUAUUUUUAGAGGUGCUGUGAUCCAGCCUAAGACAACUGUUGCAUGCUUUUCGCUGCGUACAGAACGUUGUCCUCUCACAAUCAAGUGGGGGCCAAAAGGAUUUAACAAAGGAGUUAAAUGUGUGUUUCUAUGGUUACCCAGCCUUUCCAGAACCACUGAAGGACCAAAGGUUAUCAGUGAACAUCCAGCAGACUCAAAGACUAAGCUCCGUUCACCAAUGAGCCAGAAGAACGGCGAGGAGGCGGCCCCUCCGUCUCGGUCCAAUCAGAGGACAUUUGUGGAUGAUGUCAUUCUGACCUUCAGCUCUCCGAUGGCCUGGCUUCUGGUUGUGGCCCUGAUCAUCACAUGGUUGGGAGUGGCCAUCGUUCUGUUUGAUCUUCUUGAUUAUAAAACUCUCGCAGACUACACAUCAUACUGUGACGACCCCGUGUGUCUAUCACCUGGCCUCCCUCCUCCAUCUGCUAUUGCCAAGAGAGGUUUGAAGACUAAAGGUGGGGUCCGUUUUGUCAAACCAAGCCCUGCUGUUGUUCAUAGUGACGUCACAGCUCAGGAGAGCACAGAUUGGUUGGAGAUGAUAUGGACCUUUGUCAUCAGUUUGGUUGCCCCUGAUGAGGAAGAGGAAGGUAUUCAUCAGCUAACUGAAACCCUCACAUCUUUCCACUCAGAGGAGCUUUAAAGGAAGAGAAGGCGGAGGGAGGAGGAGAACGGAACGGUGCUCAAAGCUGCAUGGAGACAUAGAUGAAAGGGAGGAAAGAGGUUGAAAGAGAAGAGAAGCAGAAUGAAGAAGAAGAUGUUGUGCAUUAAAUCACAAUGUGCUCUUUUCUGGAGAUUGUUAAUUGAGAUCGAAUCAAUAAAGACUAAAACUGAAAGCUUGGCUUGGAUUUAAAAGAAACAUGUCUGACAUGUAAAUAAACACUGAUGCCAGGGAAAGCAGACAGAACAUUGCAAGAACAUCAAAAUUAAGUGUUUUUGUUCCUUUGAACAUUUCCCAUCUCUCCACAAAGUAUACUGAGCCUUAUGUCAUUUUUCAAGCAAACAGACCAAGCGUAGCAACUGCAGAGACUAAAAUAAAGACGAUAAAAGUUCAUUCCGAGAAACCCAGACAGCUGAGAGCAGAGUCCUGAUUGUAUAGGAGG